AUGGCCGGGUGGCCGUCGGAGGAACCUAAAAUUGAUUUCCUUCCCUGCCCUUCUGUUGCAGUGUGCACCGUGCGCUUCUCCCAGGAGCCCGCCAACCAGUCGGUGGUGCUGGGCGAGCGGGUGGUGCUGUCCUGCGUCAUCUUCAACUACAGCGGCAUCGUCCAGUGGACCAAGGACGGCCUGGCCCUCGGCAUCGGAGAGGGCCUCCGAGCCUGGCCCAGGUACCGGGUGAUUCGGGCGCUGGACAUUGGCCAGUACAACUUGGAGAUCUCCCACUCGGAGCUGUCAGAUGACUCUGUGUACGAGUGUCAGGCCACUGAGGUCGCCCUGCGGUCCAGGCCGGCCAAGCUCAACGUACUCAUCCCCCCCGGGGACCCGGUGGUGGAGGAUACGCCGGAGCUCCUGCUAAGGGCCGGAACGCCUCACAACCUGACCUGCGUGACCCGCGGGGCCAAGCCCGCAGCGCACAUCCAGUGGACCAAGAAUGGCCUCCCUGUGGAAGGAGCCCAUCACUCCACGGAAGUGCUGCCAGACAGGAAGAGAGUGACGACCAGGAGCUACCUCCCCAUCAAUCCGGUGGACACUGACAGCGGCAGCAACUUCUCCUGUGUGGCCAGCAACCCAGCGGUGCCGAUGGGAAAACGAGCGACGGUCACUCUGAACGUCCAUCACCCCCCCACGGUGACCCUGUCCAUCGAGCCCCGCUCCGUCCUGGAGGGGGAGAGAGUCACCUUCACCUGCCAAGCCACUGCCAACCCUCCCAUCAUGGGCUACAGGUGGGCUAAAGGUGGCGUGUUGCUGGAGGGCGCCCGGGAGAGCGUGUUUGUCACCACGGCGGAUCACUCCUUCUUCACCGAGCCCGUGUCAUGUCAGGUGUUCAAUGCUGUGGGAAGCACAAAUGUCAGCAUCCUCGUGGACGUGCACUUUGGCCCAAUUUUAGUGGUGGAGCCCCGGCCGGUCACAGUGGACGUGGACUCUGACGUCACUCUGAACUGCAAGUGGUCGGGAAACCCGCCUCUCACGCUCACCUGGACCAAAAAGGGCUCCAGCAUGGUGCUCAGCAACAACAACCAGCUGCAUCUGAAAUCGGUGAGCCAGGCCGACGCCGGCCAGUACGUCUGCAAGGCCAUCGUGCCGCGGAUCGGAGUGGGGGAGACGGAGGUGACGCUCACCGUCAACGGCCCCCCCAUCAUCUCCAGUGAUCCAGUUCAGUAUGCUGUCAGAGGGGAGAGAGGAGAGAUCAAGUGCUACAUUGCCAGCACCCCCCCACCUGAUAAGAUUGUUUGGGCGUGGAAGGAGAACGUGUGGGAGAAGGAGAAGGGCACCCUGAUGGAGAGGUACACCGUGGAGCAGAGUAAGCCGCCGUCACAGGGCGGGGCCGUCCUCUCCACCCUCACCAUCAACAACGUGAUGGAGUCCGACUUCCACUCGCCUUACAACUGCACUGCCUGGAACUCCUUUGGACCCGGAACCAUGAUCAUCACCCUGGAGGAGAAAGAUAUUGUUCCAGUGGGAAUUAUCGCCGGUGGCACGGUGGGCUCCUCCAUCCUGCUGCUCAUGCUCCUGCUGGCGCUCGCCUUCUUCCUCUACCGCCAGCGCAAAGGCAGUCGCCGCGGCGUUACCCUCGGUAAACCAGACAUCAAGGUAGAGACGGUCAACAAAGAGAGCCACAGCCUGGAGGAGGAGGCGGCCAACGUCUCCACGGCAACCAGGAUGGUCAAGGCCAUGUACUCCCCGUUCAAAGACGACAUGGACCUGAAGCAGGACAUCAGGAGCGAGAGCGACACGCGGGAGGAGUACGAGCUCAAGGAUCCAACCAACGGUUACUACAACGUCCGGGCCACCACCCACGAGGAGGCGCGCCCCCAGUCCCGCGUGUCGCCCGGAGACUACUCGGCGGGAGACUGCGGCCUGCUGGACGCCGGCACCCAGCUGCCGUACGACGCCUACGGAUACCCGUCCCAGUACGCCACCUACCGCAUGGGCUUCGCCCCGCCCAUUGAGGAAGGGCCGGCCUAUGAGAUGUAUCCCACAGGACAGGGGACCGGGCCUGGACCGGGGCCGGGACCGGGACCGGGGCCGGGGCCCGCACAGCAGAGUCCCGAAACGGGGCUGGGCAAGUACGGAAGCUCCACUCGGUUCUCCUACUCGUCCCCCCCAUCUGACUAUUCGCACAGACACACACAGCGGAUGCAGACUCACGUGUGA